AGAUUUGACGAUUUUAAAUAAACACGUGUGAUUCAUCAAAAAUGUUCAAAAUUACUGUGUAUUUAUUACUAUUUAUCACAUUUUCACAAGCCACUGAUAAAAUAGUAUGUUAUUUUUCAAAUUGGGCCGAAACAAGACCACAAAUAGGUCGUUUUGACGUCGAAGACAUUGAUCCAUAUCUUUGCACUCACUUAAUUUACGCUUUUAUCGGUUUAAACGAAGAUUCAACAAUAAACAUUUUGGAUUAUCAAAAUUCUAUCGGAAAUAAUGCAAUAAAACGAUUUAAUAAUUUAAGAUUAAUAAAUCCUGAGUUAAAAACCUUGAUUGCUAUUGGUGGUUGGACUGAGGGUUCUGAAAGAUAUUCUGAUAUGGUUUCAACUCUUACCACAAGAUCGAUUUUUAUUAAUAGUACCGUUGAGUUCAUGGAAACGUAUGGAUUUGAUGGUUUCGAUUUAGAUUGGGAAUAUCCUAAUAAAAGAGGGGGAAAACCGGGAGAUAAAGAAAAUUUUAUUCAACUUUUAGCCGAAAUGAGACCGGUUUUUGAUGAAAGGGGGUGGUUGCUAACUGCUGCUGUUAAUGCAGCUUAUAAAUCGGUUAAUAUUUGUUAUGAUGUUGUUGGAUUAAAUCGUUACUUGGAUUUCAUUAAUUUAAUGACGUAUAAUUUACACGGCUCUUGGGAUAAUGUUACGGGACAUAACACUCCAUUACAUCCAGCUGAAAAUGAUUGGGAUAUGUUACUUAACGUUGAUUCUUGUGUAAUCGAUUGGAUAAAAAGAGGAGCAUCCCCUGAAAAAUUAAUUUUAGGUACAGGAACUUAUGGAAAAUCUUUCACCUUAACAAACGAAAAAGAAAAUUCUGUAAAUUCCCCAACCUUAGGAACCGGAGAACUCGGUCCUUAUACCGGCGAAUUCGGCAUUUUAGGUUACUACGAGAUUUGUGAAAAUAUCCUCAAUGGUUGGACUAGAAGUUGGGAUGACACCCAAUUAGUUCCCUACGCUUUUAAUGGAAAUCAAUGGGUUGGAUAUGAUGAUGUCAAAUCUUUACAAUUAAAGGCAGAAUAUGCAAUCUCGAAAGGUUUAGGUGGAAUUAUGGUUUGGUCUGUUGAUACCGAUGAUUUUAAUGGGAUUUGUGGCGAGAAAAAUCCUUUGAUAAACCAAAUCAAGAAGACCUUAAACGGAAUUUAAUGAAAUUGUAAUUUUUUUAAUUUCAUUGCUCCAAUCUAAAUCAAUUCAGAUCCUAAUAAAUGUCUUUACUAUUAUUUAA